UGGGCGGUCGGUCGGCGGGGGAGAUGAUGUCCGGGGAAGACGGUCAGGGGCCGCUCUGUGAGCGGCUGGACGAGGAGCUGCUGCGCUACCUGGAGGAGAUGGAACAGCUGGACGACCGCAGGGAGCGACUGCAGAGGCUGAUGGAGCAGGGUUGGCUCUCGCUCUCCAAGGCUCGCUACUCCAUGGGGACCAAAUGGGUUUCUUCCCUCCAGUACGGGUCGGAGAUGGUGCCGUUAGCUCGUGUCGAUGUGAGUCAGAAAGAAGACGGGCACUAUGACUUCAGAGUGGAGCGGGUGGACUCUGGAGAGCAAACGGGUGGGACCAUCACGGAAAAGCACUUGGAGAUUGAGGAGAUCGGACCCAAAGAGCAGGAGGAAGCUCCACUCGUGAGGAGGAGGAGGAAGCCCGAGGGUGGUGGGGAGGUCUGCACCCCGCAGGCCUCAGAGGAAGAUCGCGAGAGACCAUCACGGCCAGGGGGACCACCGCUGGCUCGGGAUCCAAUGAAGUGGUUCGGGGUCCUGGUGCCGCACAGCCUGAGGCUCGCUCAGGCCUCUUUCAAAGAGGUUAUGGAGCUGGCAGCUGAGGUGGCCACCCUCCAGAGCAGAAUCUCAAAGACCAAAUCACGGUACCGGGACCUCCUGCGGCAGAAACAGGAGCCGGCAGGGCGGCUGAGCCUAUGACGAAAGACCUGUGCCCCCCCUGCAUCCGCUGCACCAUGUCCCUCGCUCCCAUCUUCCAGCCACGGAGAAUCUCACUCUGGCGAAACCUCGCUCCCGGCGAACAUCAGCCGCGGAGGAGCCAGGUUGUGUACAUUUCACCAGAAUUGUGCCGAAGACAAGGACUCGGAUGAAAAAAUCGAAGAGGCGGGGUGGGGUGUGUGACGGAUUCACAUGUAUUGAGUCUGUAAUCUGAGUUUAAACAGAGGCUGCUUUUCUUUUGUGUACUGAGAUUCAUAACUCGGGACGCUUCUCGAGUGGGGCAACGCACCCAAAAGUGCUGGACUCACUCAGCAAGUCAGGCAGCGGCUGGAGAGAGGAAUAAACAGUCGAUAUUUUGGCCUGAGACCCUUCAUCAGGACUGGGUAGGAAGGGGUAGAAGCCAGAUUAAGAAGGUGGAGGGGGGAGUGGGAGGAGUACAAGCUGGCAGGUGAUAGGUGAGGACAAAGAUGGGCGGGGGAGGUGGCUUUAUCGUCGUUUUGCGGCAGUGGUACAGUGCAGGCGUAAUAAAUUACUGUGUCACAGUACAAAAUAAAUAAACAUUGCAAAAUAG